AUGCCCAGGUCUAACUGGGUGUCCCGGGUCGUGGGCUGGGAUCGUCCCCGCCGUGAACAACCAGCUUGGUUGCAUGGAGACCGCCAGCACCUCCUCCCAACCCAUUCCCACACCGACCGUCACGUCGUGUCUACCAUCCCCGCCGCCCAGGUAACCAAGGUCGCUCUGAAGUUGCGCCACCUCGUCGAGUCGGCCGUCCCCUGCGACCUGGAUGAAUCCGAGAUCACCAGGGCGCACAGCAGUAUCAUCACCCCCGAGGUCGUGCAGGCGGCUAAAGAGGCUGGAGGGUCAGAGUAUCGCGCCUGUGUCGUCUUCUGUCUCCUCAUUUGCAAGGCCUGGUUCAGGCAACAAUCUGUCGUCGAGUUGUGGGAUGCCGAUCUGCACCGCGGAAGGGAGGUCGCCUGCGAGGUCAUUGCAAAGAAACUAAUCGAGACCGAAGACGACACGUCCUUCCUCCUACACAACAUCUUGCUUCAGCGCUACUCCAUCCUCGUUGACGGCGAACCCACCUAUCCCGCCAACGCCAUUGAACGGGCCGUCGACCUCCACGCCGUCGACGUCAUCACCUCCUCUGGCUACCAAAAGUGCGUCGACCACCUUUGGCGCGGGUGGUUGGUGCAGGACGAGGACAACCCCACCACCUUCGUCGACUACGCCAACCGGGACAAGAUCAGCUUCUUCACCCACCUCGACCCCGACCGAAUCCGUGUCCCCCGGUACCAGAACGCCACCCAGCUCCUCGUCACCAUCGCCUUCCUCGUCCUCUUCACCGUUGCCGUCAACACCCCGAACCCUUCCGGCCGGCUCGACGUGGCCGAGGUGCUGCUCUACCUCUUCACUCUUGGUUUCAUCUGCAAUGAGGUCACGAAAGUCUACAAGGCCGGUUACCGCAUCCUGGGCUUCUGGAACGCCGUCAACGGUGUCCUCUACACCCUCAUCACCGCUUCCUUCGUGCUGCGCAUGGUCGGCUUGGGGCAACCGCUGGACCAUGGCCACGAGGACCCCGCGCACCAUCGAGAGUUUUACCGAACCUUGAGCUACAAUUUUCUCGCUUUCAGCGCGCCGCUGUUUUGGUGUCGCCUCCUGCUGUAUCUCGACACCUUCCGCUUCUUCGGCGCCAUGCUGGUCGUGCUCAAGGUGAUGAUGAAGGAGUCCCUGAUCUUCUUCGCCCUAUUGGCCGUAGUCAUUGUCGGGUUUCUACAGGCCUUCAUCGGCUUGGACAUCGUGGACGACAUGGCUGUGGACGAGUACGGCGUCAUCAUCAAGGCCAUGGCCAACGCCGUCAUGCAGAGCCCCGAAUUCGAUACCUUUGGCAGGUUUUCGCCCCCGUUCGGAACCCUUCUCUACUACUUCUUUACCUUUAUUGUCAUGGUCAUCUUGCUCAACGUCCUCAUCGCGCUAUACAACUCGGCGUACGAAGACAUCUACCAGAACGCCGACGCCGAGUUCUUGGCUCUGUUCGCCCACAAGACGCUGCAGUUCGUGCGCGCACCAGACGAAAACGUUUACAUCCCGCCCUUCAACCUGGUCGAAAUUGUCCUCAUCGCCCUGUUCGGUUGGUGGAUGCCGGCGGGUCGCUUUGAGCAGCUGAACGACGCCGUCAUGUCGUGCUGCUACGCGCCCGUCAUGGUGGCCGCGGCGGCCUACGAGUCGAACGUGGCCCGCGCCAUCCAUCGGAACCGCGCCCGAGGCGGGUCCGGCGACGACUACGACGAUGUCGUCGACCACGAGUGGGAGCGGGUGGCCUGCGCGCCCGAGACGCAGGUCGAUUUCGAAGCGGAAGGGUGGGAUAAGGUGUGCGAGGCGGCCAAGUCGGACAUCGAGGUCGAGCCGGCCGUGCAGGAAGUGCGCCAGCUUCGCGCCGAGGUCGAGGAGCUGAAGCGCAUGCUCGCUGAGAUCUCGCGCGCGGUCGGGGCGGCGGCGGCAGGGGAAGAAAGCAAGUAA